AUGGAUGUGGCAUCGUCCUACAUCUCUCAGCAGAGCUUCAACCCAUCGCCACUCCUUUCUUCCUCAAACUCCAUCUCCGUCCAUCGCCCCGCCGUUAUUCUGCCUGGUUUAGGGAACAACUCCGGGGACUACCAGAGCUUGAAGCAAACGCUGAAUGACAAGUACGGCAUCUCCGCCGUGGUGGCCAAGGUCUCCAGGCUGGAUUGGCUCCGCAACGCCGCCGGUUUGGUGGACCCCAAUUACUGGCGCGGCACUCUUCAACCCAAGCCCGUCCUCGAUUGGUAUCUGGAGAGGGUUGAGGAGGCUGUUCAAGAAGCCAAGGAAAGUGCAAAUGGAUUUGAAACUGUGUCGUUGGUCGGACACUCUGCAGGAGGAUGGCUUGCACGCGUGUACAUGCAAGAAUUUGGGUAUUCCCAUGUGUCCCUCUUAUUGACUCUUGGAACCCCUCACCUUCCACCUCCAAAAGGUGUGCAAGGGGUUAUUGAUCAAACAAGGGGUCUUCUUCACUAUGUUCAACAACAUUGCUCCAAACCUGUUUACACCCCCCAACUCAAGUAUGUAUGUGUAGCAGGAAGGUACAUCAAAGGGGCUCGGCUUUUUGGCAAUUCAGAUGUUGAGCCUGUGGUUUCUACUGACACCUCUCAGCUUGUAUCCGAAGCUGCUGUUUUGAACACUACUGCCACCACCUCUCCACCUAAUGCAACAUUACGUGCUCGCUUUGUUGGCCAGGGAUACAAGCAGGUUUGUGGGCAAGCUGAUGUAUGGGGUGAUGGUGUUGUGCCGGAAGUAUCAGCUCAUCUUGAGGGUGCACUUAACAUUUGCUUUGAUGGAGUUUAUCACUCACCAGUUGGUGCUGAUGAUGCUACCAGACCAUGGUAUGGUUCACCUCAUGUAUUGGAGCAAUGGGUACAACACCUCCUUGAUUGA